CUAUUGAGGCGGCGGCGUCUUGCUCCAGGGACUCUCCUCAGUGGCUUGUUAAGGUGCUUUCUUGCUGCAGUGCGUUGGCGGCGGUGCCUACCCGACCAAACCAGCUCCAGGACUUGAAGAUACUGGAAAUCUAAUUGGCUUCAAAUUCUUAUACAAGCCAGAAAAUGCAUAACCGGCGGGUAUGAGAGGUUAAGAACGCUCGACUUCCUUGCAAACCUUGGUACAGAUAACUUCCUUUUCUGUAGGUUGGAGUCAAAGAGCACAAUGAGUACAAGAAAGCGUCGUGGUGGAACAAUAAGUUCUAGACAAGCCCAGAAGCGAACCCGGGAAGCAACCUCCACCCCCGAGAUUUCCUCAGAAGCAGAGCCCAUAGAACUUGUGGAAACUGCUGGAGAUGAAAUCGUGGACCUCACCUGUGAAUCUUUAGAGCCCGUGGUUGUCGACCUGACUCACAAUGACUCUGUUGUGAUUGUUGACGAAAGGAGGCGGCCAAGGAGGAACACGAGGCAGUUGCGCCAGGAACAUGCUGACAGCUGUGUGGUCAGCAGUGACGAUGAGGAGUUGUCCAGAGACAGAGACGUGUAUGUGACCACCCAUACUCCCAGGAAUACCAGGGCUGAAGGAGCUACAGGACUCAGGCCCUCUGGUACAGUCAGUUGUCCGAUCUGCAUGGAUGGAUACUCAGAGAUUGUGCAGAAUGGACGUCUCAUUGUUUCCACAGAAUGUGGCCAUGUCUUCUGUAGCCACUGCCUCCGUGAUUCCCUUAAAAAUGCUAACACUUGCCCAACUUGUAGGAAAAAGAUCAACCACAAACGAUACCACCCCAUUUAUAUAUGAAGUGUUCAGAGCUGCUCAGGAGAGAUGGAUGGACGGACAGACAGCCAGCCUGGCUGGGUUCUCCACCUGGUAUCUGCCUCCAAUUUCCUGAGCUCAAGAAGACUACUUCAAAACCAACGUCUCAUAUGUAAACUGCUCUUUUGUUUCCAACCCCCUCUUAGAUUCUGUUAUCUCCUGUUUGAUGCUAUGGAGCUGGACUCGGGCCACAUUCUAUAUCUUUGCUCCUCUGGGGUGGUCCAGUUCCAGAGUAGGAGAAAGGGAGUCAGGCACAUUGGAAUUGAGAAUUGUGGUUCCAGCUUCUUUCCAGAACCUGGGAAAGAAGUUUCCCGUUUGGAAAGUUUGCUCCAGCUUUCUCGGGCAUGCUACCUUUCAUCCCAGGUGUCUGCCAGUCGACCAGUUUGCCUGCCACAUGGUGACCAAACCAGACAUGAUCUACCCAGCCCAAGGAUCCCACAGGUGCAAGAGUGGUCCCCUGAGGCCCCAGAAAGACCAACCACUGGACUUUUUUUUCUUCCCUCAAGAGUUAGAGGUCACCCGUGAUUCUGCCUGCACCUUAUCAUUGACAUGCAGUGAUUUCUGCAAAUCAAGAGAACCUCUGCAGGGCAAUCCCCAUUUCCUAAGAACGAAAAAGUGCAAUAAAGCCCGUUCUUUACCUACUUUUCAGCAGCCCAGGAGAUGUAGCACUGUUAGUGUCCUUCUCAGGGGCCUAAUGUCACCUGUGGAGCAGUGCCCAUCCCACCCUGUCUCUAUCAUCACCUGUCCUCAGGAACCUUAUCCAUGCAUGCUCCACAGUUUGCCUGGUAAAUAGGGCAGGCACGUGAUUGAGUGUCCUCUUGCUUUUCUGAUGAAAUCUAUCCUGUGUUCACCACAUGCCCCCUCCGGUCCUCAGUUCCUCAGUUCCCACUGCCUAGAGUCUGCCCAAGCAUAGACACUGGGAAGUGGGGCAGUAAUUGUGGCCUUAUCAGCCACUCACUUCCAUGGCUUUGCCCAAGUCACUGCUGUACCAUGUUUCAGAGAUCUUGGCCCACCUGACUUGGCAUUGACUUGGCUUUCUCAUCCACCCCCACCAGUUGACAUUUCAAAAGCUGCUCUUCUGGCCAGUUGAGCUUUGAUCCUUGGGCUUUUGACUGCUCCAUAGGUACUGGUUGGCAAAGAACGCUGGCUUAUCUCCCCUAAGGGGCCAAUGUAGCCUCUGCUCCACUCCAGAGGUGUGUGGGAGCCUCGGGUUCUCUAGGAAGCAUCAAGGUGGCCUAAGCUACCCCUGACAGCACAGGGCAUGGGGAUGGCUAGUAGAGGAGAGGCUUUGCAGUGCCAGCCUGCCUCCAUCUCUGCACCCCUCCUUCCUCAGAGGGCUUCAAGCCAAACCAACAGCCUUUUUGUGUGAAACAUCUUCAGGGUGGGAAAGGGGCCACUUCUGGCUUUGUUAGCAAUAACUGACCUUCAGUUUACCUUUCUGAAGGAGCAGGGACUCAGCACAGAAUUCACUUUAAACGGGGCUGAAGGACUGUCCCUUCUCUAUGUGAAAAGAAAAUAGUUUUAUUCUUCAUUCUGACUUUCUAACUGUUUGGCUCACUUUCAGUUAGUUUGAAUGAAAAUAAUAAUUUUCUACUUGGAGUUGAAGAGGGCAGGAGCAUCAGCUCCUCGUUGUGGUACGGAGCGCGUCUGCCCUCCUGUUGGACAUCAUUGCCGUUGCGUUCCCUCUGGGCUUCAUGGAGAUACUCUUAUGUUCAAUGAUACCCAGACUUCAGGAGCCAAGGCAGUCAUGCAGCCAGUCGACUGAUAAGUAUGGUGACACCCAUUUCAAGAUCUUUGUAAGUUUUAUCCUUAAAGACAACUUAAGUGGUUGAUCAUAAAAGUUGUAUUACUUCAUUCUAAAUUAAAUAGGUAAAAAAAAAAUGUGUGUUUAGUUUCUACUAUUCAGAAACUGCAAAUUAGGGAAAGGUUGUCAUGAAAAAAUCCCUUUCCCUUCCUCAGUGUACAUAAUUCAACUUUCUUUGUUACAUUUAAACUAUAUCCAUGGACAUCAGUCGUUUUUGGACUCCUCUGCUAGUGUUUGAGAUGGAAAUAAAACCAUUAAUUUGAACCAAA